AGAAUUACCAUAACAGGUUUAUUGUGGUUUCAGUCUGUAAUUCAUACGACCCUUGUUAGAAUGCUUUCCCUUGGUAAAAGAAACAAUCAUCCAAUGUUGUGUGCAAUUUACCUACGCUACUUUUAGAUUUGUUUUGUUUUUAAUCAUUGAAAUAUAUACUAGCGCUGACGCUGUGUUGUGAUUUUGAUAACAUUUGUUACUGAUGGAUCGACAAAGAUUGUUUAAAACGGAGCCAUCUGUGUGUCCACCUCAACCACAGGAUGGAUACUUUCUGUCCCACAGUCCGUUUCAGGUGGUCCCAUCCACGCCAAAUGGAGCUGCCCAGUACCCACCCUUGCAAGUUCAGAACCAUCCUGCAACACUGCCUGUCCAAAGCCAUCAAAUUGGACAGCCUGCUCAGAGUCCGUACAUGGUUGUAGACAAUCUCCAGGUCCGUCAUCCUUGUGCAUUGAUAGUUAAAGAAGCAGGUGCUGUGAAUCCAAACUCCACUUUAUCCCUCUCUGCUAGUGAAUUGGACACAAAAACACAGGCAGGGUAUACACCGAUGCAUGUCCCCAGCUCUUCCAACUCUUCUGGCAGUGAAUUGGGCCGAAUUGUGCGGCCAUUGACUCCAACACAACAGUGCAGGAUUCAGGAUAAUGACAUGGAUCACAUAGGACAUAUGUUGAUGGAAGUUAAUGCAAAGGAUGAAGUGGAAAGUGGAAGCGUGUGUGCUCUUUCGGCGAAGACAUUAUACCUAUCUAACUCUGGAGCAGUCAUUUCUACCAUUGAUCUUCCGUACUAUUGGUGUAAUUUCUGUACCUUCAAAACAGAACAGAAAAUCGUCUUGUUGAAACAUACAAUGAGCCACCGCUUUUGGUGUAAGUGGUGCCGGUACCAGUCCUAUAAUCGUGCAGACGUGAUACGUCACUGCAUUUCCAUACACCCGCAACUUUCUGAGAAUGAUUUCAAAUUCUGUGUUCUGCUGCCAGAUUUCCUUCAUUCCAAAUUGGUUCCGGACGAAAAAGAUGAUGGAGACAAGAAAGAAGACAGCACUGUGAAUGUGGUCCACAGCGAGACGGCCCCUGCAGCUUGUGAAGUUGGUGAAGAAGAGGAAGACAAUACUGAGGCUUCUAGUCCAACAAACACUGUAUCAGAGUCCGUUACCAAUGAAGUCUGCGAACAGAGCAAAAGGAAACACAGCGGUAAGUUUAAAAAAGGGCCGAAAAAGAGCAGCAAAAGAAAAGGUGUUGAUAACAGUGAGAAAUCGGAGACUGCGAAAAAGACUAAACAGGCUAAAGAGACUGAGAACAAUUUGACAGAUGAUUGUAAGCCAGAGAAGAGUUUUAGUGUGUGUUUCGAGUGCUGUGCCUGUCAUCUGAGGACACUGCAGAAAGAAAUCAUUGAACGUCAUCAGCAAGAAGUGAAUCACUAUGAAACUGACAGGACUACUGGCAAGAAGACCUACGUCUUGAAGAUUAUUAGCACUGCAGAUAAGUUGAAACUGCACGCUAGUGACAGGAAGUGGCUGUCAGAACGAGAAGAAACUUCAGGUAGAACCAGACGUAGGUCAAAAGUAGAGGCUCUUCAAUUCAUCAAAAAUAAAGUCGAGGAUGAUGACAAUGACGCUGAAUGGGAUUUAGGGAAUGAAUUGGAUGAUGAUGAUGAUGAUGAUGAGGAUUAUGUUCCAACUAAAGGUAAAAAGAAGGGUAAAAAUUUGUGGAAGAAAAAUUCAACUCAAGGUGGUGAAUCUAAUGAAAAAUGCAUUGUUUCAAAUGUCGAUAUUGAAAUUGAUACAGCAGCAGAACCUUCCAGUGACACAGUUGUGCAGAGUUUUUCAGUUUCUUGUUUAAAUGUUGAAAAUACAGUGAAAAUCAGUCCAAAAAAAAUUGUUAGUAGAGACCUGUUUGAUAACAGUCUCAUUGUAGAGCCUCACCUUUUAAAGCCAGAGGUAAAACAAGAUAUGAGUCAUAUGAAAAAAGUGCUUUUUGCAGGUGAUAAAGUGAGAAUGCCAAUAUCUGCAGUAAGUACUAAUCCUGUACUAGCCACUCUUGUGUCAGCUACUACGUCUGCUCUAUCUGUACCAACAGCAUCUAACUUGAUCAAGCCACGCGCUGUUGCACCCAAGUCAGACUCUGCAGUAAUUAUUGUCAGUGCAGAAGCUCCUGUACCUGCGGUGCAAACUUCAGUAACUGUUCCAUUAACGGCUGGUGCAUCUAUCAUAAUUGAUGAUGCACCACCAAACCCACCAUCAUCCAAAGCUGGCUCAUCAAAUCCACCAUCUAAAUCACCAAAGCCUGCAUCUAAUUCAUCAAAGAUUGUCUCCAAAUCGUCAAACUCAUCUGUUGUACCAAAAACGUCAUCUGAAUCACCAGCAUCUGGUGAAAACUUGGGAUUAGAAGAAGAGGAGAAAUUAAACGAAACAAUUGUCAACAAAAAAGGAAUAUUCAAGUGUGCACAUUGCCGCGUUGUUGCUGACCGCAUAUUACAGAUUCGACUGCACAUUCUGGAAAAGCACAAGGAGAAUCCUCUGUACUGCUUAGACAUGGAAACCAUUGAUGGGGUGUCACCCAGAUACAUGCUGUUUUGUCACUUCAAGAACUGCAAGUUCUUCACCAGGAGCAGGGAUAACUUCCUCAAACACGUAGACAAAUGUAAAUUUGGCAAAGUGAACAAAUUGUCAAAGAGCGAGGAAACAUUCAAGGAGGUUAACUAUAACUUUGUCAAGUCAACAUAUCCUAAGUUGAUGAAAAUCACGAAGUAGAUCAAGCAGAAUGUGACAGAAUCUGUGGUGAAAUAUUCCACUGGCUGUGAUCUUGUGGCAUUAUUUUAACAAACAUACAUACUACCAACUCUCGGCUUGCUGAAUGAAUAUCCAUGGCCUUUGGCCUGCCAGUCUGAACUGUAAAUAUUGUUGACAUUUUAUAGUAUACAGUGUAUAUUCAUCUAAUAGUACAUGUAUAUUUCACAUGGUAUGUAUAAGGUUAUUGUUGAUUGAUAGUCUUUUAUUUUUCUAUUUUUAUACCCCUCUACGUAUAUAGUGGAAUAUUGGUACUAUUAUUGUGUUUAAGAUUUGUACAGUUGUGUUUUACAUGCUUAAAUAAUAUAAAUUAAUAAAUUUUAGUUGACUAGUACUACUUACUUUAGAUAUUUGCAUGCUUAAUCAUGUAGCUUAUUACAUCUUGUUAGUUAUCAUAGUUUAUAUAAUUAAAACAAAUUGGCAACAUUUCCCCGAGAACAGGCUCUUUUGUUACGUGCUGUGUACUGUGAGUUUGUUUGGUAAUAGGUACACACAUCGAACUAGUGAACAGUCAUUCAGUUUACUACAAAUGUAUGUAGAGUCAAGAAUGGUCCUUCACAGGCUUUGCCAGUGGAACUGCCAGUAAUGGGGUGGGAUGGUGGGUGGCAGGUAGACACCUUUCAAGGGUAAUGAGGGGGCAGGCAGUUAUUUUAAUGCAUCUUUCAACUUGGAGGGGGAGGGACGUAGCUCAGUGGUAAAGUGUUCGCUUGAUGCACAGUCGGUUAAGGAUCGAUCCCAAUCGGUGGCCCCAUUGGGCUAUUUCUCAUUCCAGCCAGUGCUCCACAACUGGUGUAACAA